CGGCCCCUGAACGCUGGGGGAGGAGUGCAUGGGGUGGGGCGGCCCUCAAACGGGUCAUUGCCAUUAAUAGAGACCUCAAACACCGCCUGCUAAAAAUACCCGACUGGAGGAGCAUAAAAGCGCAGCCGAGCCCAGCGCCCCGCACUUUUCUGAGCAGACGUCCAGAGCAGAGUCAGCCAGCAUGACCGAGCGCCGCGUCCCCUUCUCGCUCCUGCGGGGCCCCAGCUGGGACCCCUUCCGCGACUGGUACCCGCAUAGCCGCCUCUUCGACCAGGCCUUCGGGCUGCCCCGGCUGCCGGAGGAGUGGUCGCAGUGGUUAGGCGGCAGCAGCUGGCCAGGCUACGUGCGCCCCCUGCCCCCCGCCGCCAUCGAGAGCCCUGCAGUGGCCGCGCCCGCCUACAGCCGCGCGCUCAGCCGGCAACUCAGCAGCGGGGUCUCGGAGAUCCGGCACACUGCGGACCGCUGGCGCGUGUCCCUGGAUGUCAACCACUUCGCCCCGGACGAGCUGACGGUCAAGACCAAGGAUGGCGUGGUGGAGAUCACCGGCAAGCACGAGGAGCGGCAGGACGAGCAUGGCUACAUCUCCCGGUGCUUCACGCGGAAAUACACGCUGCCCCCCGGUGUGGACCCCACCCAAGUUUCCUCCUCCCUGUCCCCUGAGGGCACACUGACCGUGGAGGCCCCCAUGCCCAAGCUAGCCACGCAGUCCAACGAGAUCACCAUCCCAGUCACCUUCGAGUCGCGGGCCCAGCUUGGGGGCCCAGAAGCUGCAAAAUCCGAUGAGACUGCCGCCAAGUAAAGCCUUAGCCCGGAUGCCCACCCCUGCUGCCGCCACUGGCUGUGCCUCCCCCGCCACCUGUGUGUUCUUUUGAUACAUUUAUCUUCUGUUUUUCUCAAAUAAAGUUCGAAGCAACCACCUGUCAA